AUGCCUAGAGACGAUCUGUCCAUCGACUUCGUCAGGAGGAUGCCGACGGCCGAGGCCCUCGACCCGGCCAUCAUCCUCGACGACUGGCUCAACCGCGUUCAGAACCUUCCAGAAGAGAUACGCUUCUUACAAGAUGAAAUCGCCGACAGGGACCGGCAGUAUGGGGACUGCGUGAAGCUGAUCGAAGACCGCGACGGAAAGAUACAGAAAUGGAUAAGGGCGAACGGCAGUCACGAGACGAAUCCGCGCGAGCAGGGCAUGCGAUCUCAGAUGCGCGACAACUUCAUUCGCGCUGAUCAGCUCGCCACCGAGAAGAUCGCCUUGACGCAGAAGCUGCAGAUUAUCAUGGACAAGCACCUGCGAAACCUCGACCAACAUGUCAAGAUGCUAUACGACCGUGCCGAGCCCGGCUUCAACGAACCCGAUGAAUGCCCCUCCCUGAUCCGGCCGAGUGCUGCGAAUCACUCUGCCCCGUCAAGCCGAUCCAUCAACCCCGCGAGUCACCUCGUCGGCACAGCCAUCACCGCGACGCCGUUGAACCCGAUCAUCAACUCGUCGAGUCCAGUUACGGCCCGCGUAGGGAACCCCCAGAUCCGCAACGCCCAGUCCCAGCAACACGCCUCCUCAGCCCCCGCGACGCCUGCCGCCAGCAUGAUAAUGAACCGCCAAGCUCGCGAAAGUUCGGCAGGGCCGGGAAGCGGCGCGCCAAAGAGAGGCCCGCGCUCCGUCUCUGGACUCGGUGUUCUUCCUGCGACGUCGAGCAGUCUGGCCAGGCAUUCUUCUCUAGGCCCAGGCACACCGAAAGGAACCACCCCCGGGCCGAACGGCGCAGUGCGAGCGGGUAGCGCGGGGCCCAGAUCUUCAUCUACAAAAGCAUCGAGCGUUUCAGGCAUAAGGAAAGGGACGCCAGGUGCCGCAGGCCGGAAGAAGCCGAUUAGCAGCAACAAGUCGUCUUUGUCCCGCGUCAAAAAGGCCGGAAGCCGCAACUCUCCAGCUUCGACGGCAGAUAGUGAGCUAUCGGAUGCCGAGAGCGGAAGCGGCGAUGACGGUGACCGGAGCCGGGUAGACCGUACGAGCGGCACCCCGGCACGCGAAGGCAAGGACGCCGACGCCGACGGUGACGACAGCGUGCUUGACGCCGAAGACGACGAGGCUGGCGAUGACAAGAAAUACUGCACGUGCCAGAACGUCAGCUUUGGCGACAUGGUGGCGUGCGACAAUGAGGAUUGCCCCUACGAGUGGUUCCACUGGUCGUGCGUCGGCCUCAAGAGCGAGCCCAACGGGACAUGGUACUGCCCAGUGUGUACGGAAAACAUGGAGAAGCAGAAGAAGAAAUAA